CUCCGUUGUGCUACCCCCUCCCUCUAAUUGCCCAAUUGCGACCUGCUGAAGUCGCCCAUAAUCCUGCCGUCGUCGCGACCUGGCUCGAGCUGCCCUCCAAUCUGUUGAGACACCCGCUCUGCCUCUGACUGCACGCGACAAGGCUCAAGGCACAAGGCACAGAGCCUUUCUCCUCCUUUGUAUCGCAUAAAUCGCCAUGGCUGACUCCGGCGAUAACUACCGACCGCGUGAGAGGUCUCGAUCUCCUCGCCGACGUUCUAGGAGUCCAGGCCGACAGUCUCGUCGGCGGUCCUAUUCACCUCGCAGCAGAUCAAAUAGUCGAGACGACUAUCGCCGGGGCCGUGAUCGCUCCCCAAUGACUGGGUCAGGACAAGCGCCCGCCGGCGGCAAUGCUGGCAACUAUGGGGGACAGGCACCCCAUCGAUCCUACGAAGACCGGGCCGCUGCCCGAGAGCAGAUGAUGAGCAACAUCCGCGAGACCUCGCAGCAGGACCGCCGCGUCUAUGUCGGCAAUCUCUCCUACGAUGUCAAGUGGCACCAUCUUAAAGAUUUUAUGAGACAGGCUGGAGAGGUACUCUUUGCCGACGUAUUAUUACUUCCAAAUGGAAUGUCGAAGGGAUGCGGAAUUGUGGAAUAUGCUACAAGGGAGCAAGCGCAGCAGGCGGUUGCUCAGCUCAGCAAUCAAAACCUAAUGGGUCGCCUUGUCUACGUUCGAGAGGAUCGCGAGGCCGAACCUCGAUUCAUCGGUGCUACGGGGGGUGCCAACCGUGGCGGAUUCAGUGGUGGCGGCGGCGGUGGUGGUGGCGGCAUGCCCGGAUUCAGCCAUGGAUACGCAGGCGGCCCCCCUGGCGGGGGAGGCGGCGGCGGCGGCGGCGGCGGCGGUGGCCGUCAAAUCUACGUUGCCAACCUUCCAUAUACUGUCGGCUGGCAAGACUUGAAAGAUCUCUUCCGACAAGCAGCCCGAAUCGGCGGAGUGAUGCGUGCUGAUGUGCAUCUCGGAGCUGAUGGUAGACCUAAGGGCUCUGGAAUUGUCGUUUUUGAGAAUCCCGAGGACGCACGAAACGCCAUCCAACAGUUCAACGGUUACGAGUGGCAAGGUCGUCUACUUGAAGUUCGCGAAGACCGCUUUGCUGGCGGCGGCGGUGGCAUGGGCUUCGGUGGUCGUGGAGGAUACGGAGGAGGUAUGCGUGGUGGCUUUGGCGGCCGUGGAGGCUUCGGUUUUGGUGGCGGCCGCGGAGGCUUCGGCUUCGGCGGACGUGGGGGUUUCGGCGGUGGCGCCCCUGGAGGUGGCCCCGGAGGUGGCCCUCCCGGUGGUGGUCCUCCCGGUGGUGGUUUUGAUACUUCUGCCGCGCCAGCAGUUGCCCCGAAUGCCUUCACCGACAACGCAGCUCCAGGGACGGAACGAAAUGAGAUCAUUUAUGUUCGAAAUCUGCCAUGGUCAACCAGCAACGAUGAUUUGGUUGAAUUGUUCACCACAAUUGGCAAGGUCGAACAAGCAGAGAUUCAAUACGAACCCAGCGGCAGGUCUCGAGGCAGCGGUGUUGUCCGUUUUGACUCAAUUGACACCGCCGAUACGGCAAUUGCCAAGUUCCAAGGUUACCAGUAUGGUGGUCGGCCGCUGCACCUGAGCUUCGUCAAAUAUCUGAACCAAGCCAGCGGUGACAGCAUGGAAACUGAUCCUCACGCCGGACUGACACAAGACCAGAUUAUGUAAUUCAUUUUCGGUCUAAGACUCUCAAACUUGGCCCAGUUCUUACUUGGAAAAUGGCUACUGACCAUUGCCUCGUUUGAAACCUGUUUCUUUUUCUUUGACAGCUGCUUUUCCUUCUUAUGAGUUAUUUCUGUUUUUGUUUUUCCGUUUUUGCGUUCGCAUAUUCAUUCGUCUAGGGCUACUGAAAAUUGAUUUGCGGGAAGCUACAUCCAAAAUCGUGGGAGACUUUACUCAACAUCGCGGGGAAUCUUUUGACACUGCUGCCCAUAGCUUGGGUUUCAGCUGUCUGGAUUAGAAUGUCACUUAUGGAAUAUGGGGAAAAGGGGAACUUGAUUUGUUUUCUGACGUAUAAAGUCUGGGAAGGAGACGAGGCGAAACGUUUGCUAUUGACUUUCUUACUUUUCUUUCUUCUCUCUUAAUCUCGAAACGGUGCGUAGGAGAGCGUGGUGAAGGUGCGAGUUUUAAAUAUGACGUGAUUUGCGGACUGGAUAGGUGGCGAAGGAGGCUGCCGCAUAGAACAUAACAACCAUGGCAUUUUGUAGCCUAGAGUUUGAAUCUUGAGCGUAAGAUAAAUAGGCAGGCGACUAGGAUGACGGACAUAGUGGUACACAUGAUAUAUAGGUACUAGACUAGGUCUGCAACGGAGGCGAGAUAAUAAUGGCUGGAAGAUGGGUUAUAAAACCAACCGAGCAUAUAAGAUAUGGAACAAAU